AUGACAAAUAUAAGUUUAUCUACCCAAACUGUGUUAAUAUCAACAACUGGAUUAUCAACUGAAGAAGUAGAAUUGUAUGAUGAAAAUUAUAAAAUUGAUAAAAAACUUACACCACAAACUGCAUAUCUUGUUAGUUAUAAAGCUAUUUUUACUGAAAAAUAUAUUCAGGCUCUUAAAUGGAACAUUCCAAUUGUAAGAAUUGAUUAUUUUAAUAACAGUGUAGUGCCUAUUAAAAAGUUUGAAUCUGUUUUAUUUACAACAAGUGGUAUUAAUAAUCAUAUCUACUCAAAUUAUAUAAUUGCAAAUGGUGGAAUUUAUCAACCUAAUUGUUCUAUUUAUAUAGACUUUUUAAUCUGUGAUGAUUCCAAUCUAGAAAAGUAUAAAUUCUGUAAGAAAUAUAACAUACCCAUAAUUAAUACCGCUGAUAUAUUUUCUGAUAAUUAUAAAUUAUUUAGUUCAAAAUUAAAGUAUGACGCUAAAGAAAUCAAUAAAAAGUCUAAAUUUUUUGAUUUAGUGUUCUAUAUUGAUGAUAAAUUACCAAAAAGUGUUUAUAAUCGAUUAAAAAGAUUGAUAGUUGAAAAUGACGGUACUAGAUUUCCUACAAUUUCAGAUUCUGUAGAUUUUAUUUUAACUACUUAUUCCUUAAGCAGUAAGUAUGAAGAUAGUUCUAAACUUCUUUAUUAUCAAUAUGUAUUUGACUGUAUAGAAAGCAAUUCUUUACUUUAUGAAAACUUUUAUAGAAUUUAUAAAUAUGAAGAGUAUAAUUUCUUUAAAAAUUAUACUUUUUAUGUUUCUACUGAUUUUGAUAAUAAAACAAAAAUUGAAUUAUUUAAUAAAAUUAAGGCUUUAAAUGGUAGAAUUUCCAGUGAAAUUAGUUUCAAAGUAACUCACUAUAUAAGUAAUGAUACUGAAAUUAAUAUUAAAAAUUUACAUUCAAAUUGUAAUAUAGUUGGUUUUGAGUGGAUCAAUGAGUGCUUAAAUUAUUUAAAGUUGGUACAUAUAGGCAGAUUUACAGUUUCUAGAAGUUUAAAAAGAAUCAAAUCAGUAACACAAUGUGAUAAGGAAUAUCUCUUUCAAUUUACAGGCUGUACUAAUGAUCAAAUCAAAGAAAUUAUUAGUGAAUUUAAUAGAUUAAAAAUUAAAUAUAUUAUUAGUGAUAAAUUUGAGAAGAGUACACAUUUAAUAAUGGGUGAGAUUAAUACAAGUGAAAAAUUAUUUUGUUCAAUAGUAAACGGAUGUUGGAUAAUCAAACCUGAAUUUAUAAGUGAGUUUGGUAAAUUUAUUAGUGAUAAAGAUUCAUUAAAUAAGGUUUUUGAAAAAUAUGAAUGGAAAGUUGAAGAUAAAGAAAACAAUUCUAAAUUAACAAAAAUUAUAAAAUCUAUAAAAACCUGGAGACAAAGAAUACAAAGUGGUGGUAAAAAACCUUAUUAUAACUGGAAAAUCAAAUUAUACUGUAAUAAAGAUAAAUAUGAUGGAUAUAAAAAGUUAAUUGAAAGUGGUGGAGGUACCCUCACAUCUGAAAAAGAUUAUACACACGUAUUUGUUGAUAAAAAUUAUAAAGAACAAAUAUCGGAAAGUAAAAAUUAUUCAAUUGAUUAUUUAUUUCUAUAUUUAUUUAAAUAA